AUGAGAUUGUCUAUAUCCAGUAGUAGCUGUGAUUGUGAUCCUUGUUCUUCUAAUCUGUCCUACCAAUCAAAUCAAAAUUUGGGAUCAGCCUUGGAUGAUAGCAGCUCAUUAUCUAGCUCAACUAGAAAGAGGAAGCCUUAUUCAGAAGUUGAUGGAAAAGAUGACACAGGAGACGAUGGUAAAUCGAUGAAAUCAAAUGACGAAAAUAAAAAACAAAAUCACAGCGAAGUAGAAAAGAGAAGGCGAGACAAAAUGAAUACCUACAUAACCGAAUUAUCUGCCAUGGUGCCAAUGUGUCACGCGAUGUCCCGAAAAUUAGACAAAUUGACGGUGCUAAGAUUGGCUGUUCAGCAUAUGAAGUCCAUAAGAGGUGCUUUGCCCUCAUAUACUGAAGGCAACUACAAACCUUCCUUGUUGUCCGACCAAGAGUUGAAGCAUGUCAUCCUUCAGGCAGCAGACGGCUUUUUAUUCGUCGUCGGAUGUGACCGUGGAAGAAUUUUGUAUGUAUCAGAAUCUGUUGCAAAAGUCCUCAAUUAUUCACAGGGUGAUAUAUUAGGCCAAAGUUUAUUUGACAUAGUCCAUCCGAAGGACGUUGCCAAAGUCAAAGAACAACUUUCUUCGUCUGAUAUUAACCCCAGAGAAAGACUGAUUGAUGCCAAAACAAUGUUACCUGUAAAAACGGACGUCCCCCAAGGAGCGUCUCGGCUGUGUCCCGGUGCCAGAAGAACGUUUUUUUGUAGAAUGAAAUGCAACUUAUCUUCGCAAGUCAAGGAAGAGGCAGAUACGACUACUGGUUAUCAUAGACGGAAAAAAUACAAUUCAGAUAAAAAAUACAACGUGAUUCAAUGCACCGGUUACUUGAAAUCCUGGGCGCCGGCAAAAAUCGGGUUAGAAGAACAAGAAGAAGGAGAUGGUGAUUCUUGUAAUUUGUCAUGUUUGGUUGCUGUAGGACGAAUUCUUCCGCACAUAUCCACUGUAGCUGCCAAUUGUCAAGGAAUGUCCAACGUAAGACAAAUCCAAUUCAUAUCCAGGCACGCGUUGGACGGGAAGUUUUUGUUUAUUGAUCAAAGAUCGACUUUAGUAUUAGGUUAUCUACCUCAAGAAUUACUAGGAACCAGCAUGUACGAGUAUUUCCACCACGAAGAUAUCCAGUCGUUGGCCGAUUAUCACAAAGUCGCUUUACAAAACAUAAAUUCAGUAACGACCGGCGUGUACAGGUUUCGUACUAAAAGUGAAGGUUUCAUAAAACUGCGCAGCGAGUGGAAAGCCUUCAAAAAUCCGUGGACCAAAGAAAUCGAAAAUUUCAAUUCCAAAAAUAACCUCAUUUUAACUGACUUUAGUGCAGUCGAAAGCAGUGCCAGUCAAUCCGAUAUAAUUCAAGAAAGUAUCGAUUUCCUAUCGCAACAGAACGGUAAGGACAUGCAUUUACUAAUAAACAACCAGCUGGAAGUCAGUAAAAUUGGACGUCAAAUCGCCGACCAAGUUUUAGAUUCUCAGAAAAGAGGUGGGGAUUCGUCGUCAGAAAGUAGUCCUGAUCCUGAACCAUCUUUUUCUCUUCCAACAGUCGCUGUAGAGCCUCACAUUCUUGAAGAAGAUGAACAAAUUCAAAAUACUGCUCUAACGGAUUAUUCGACAGAUCCAAAAUAUUACGACAUACGAAAUAUGUCAUUAAAUAGCGUUACAACUGACCCUGUUUUAGGUGGAACUACUGACGAAGGCAUGAUCGAAAUGAUGGAAGAAGAACACGAUAUAACAGAUCGUACCAACCCCACUUCGUCCGUGGACGGUAACGACGAGGCGGCAAUGGCGGUCAUCAUGAGCCUGCUGGAAGCGGAUGCAGGCUUGGGCGGACCGGUAGAUUUUUCUGGAUUACCAUGGCCGUUGCCUUGA